CAAAUUUUCCAGCUGCAUAAGACAAUUCCUCAAUUUCGUUACAAGCUUGUUUACAUCUACUUCACUUUAUUUCUUUAAUUCUUCUGCCAUUCUACAAUAAAUUUUUUUAAAAACAAUUUUAGUCCAUUAUUAAGAAAAUAAUAAUGGACUUUUUGAAUUUAUCAAAUAUUACAAUAUUUAUAUUGUCAAUCAUUUUUAAAUUAAAUCUGUCAUCGGGAGAAUUAGAAUUGAUUACAGUUGAUGAGGGCAAUUCGAGUAAAUGUGAAGAAAAUGGAGAGAAAGUGUGUAAAGCAAAAUUUUACAGCUUACACGCGGUAUAUACGUAUCCAGAUUUAUUGGAAGGGGAUAUAAUAGACUCCAUUUGUUUUGAUCCAAUUAAUCUCAGAGACGGACACGUUGCAACUGGCGCGAGAUUUAAUAAACGUGGUAGAGUACUUUACCUCGAACUUCAAGAAGCUCCGCUUGAAGGACAUAGAGGAAUUGACCCUCAGUUUCUCAGUUGGACAGAUUCAGAUAAUUGUACUUCACGUAAAAAAAUUGUUUUUGAUCCCCAUAAUGAAACUCACGAUAACACAGAAUUGAAAUUAGGCGACAUACAAUUACCGGAUGAUGCAGUUGUUACUGGUGUUACGUUGGGAAAAUCAUUGCGUGGACGGUAUAUUGGUAGAUGGGAUGAAUUUGAUGACAGUAAAGGUGAAGUUGUAAGAGAUCUUCAAGGAUGGAAUCAUGUUGUAUUUCGUGGAAACCCAGUGGGUACUGAAAAUGAGCUAUAUGUUAACCCGUCCAUCGAUUUACAGGAAAUCGUUACCGAUCCAGGUUUUCCUCAGCCCAUUAAUGGAAUCAGUUUUUAUUUGCGUUAUCUGCUUAACGGCCGACAAAUGCUGGCUCUCAAAGUUACUUACGCGACCCCAAAUUAUCUGAGAUAACCUUAUAACUAAUCCUAUAAUAAAAUCAUUUCUUUUUGGUGAAUCUUAUCUGUAAUUGUAAUUUUUUCGCUUUAUUUGAAUAAUAAAAUAAAUAACAAUAAAAUACAAAAA